AUUGCAGUUAGGUCGAUGAAAUAGGUCAGGCGUGUUCUCGGGCAGCCCUAAAGUGAGGAAGCCUGCGCGAGUGACAUCAGUCCCGGUGUGACAGCAUCUUGUGUGGAGUGAGUGAGGAGAGGAGUGUGUACAAGAUGUCAAAAGUAACGUUUAAAAUUAUACAAACGGCAGACCCCCGGUGUCCUUACAAAGUCCUAAGUGUUCCUGAAUCUACGCCAUUUACUGCAGUUUUAAAGUUUGCAGCAGAAGAGUUUAAGGUUCCUCCAGAGACAAGUGCGAUAAUCACAAAUGAUGGAGUAGGGCUAAAUCCAGCACAGACAGCUGGAAAUGUUUUCCUCAAACACGGCUCUGAACUCCGGCUCAUUCCCAGAGACCGAGUGGGCAGCUCUUAAUACCUUCUGGACGUCUUGCUUUCUGGAACAUGGAAAGAACAUAUUUAUUGAGGGCCUAAAAAAAGAUCAGACUCUGAAUUUUAAUUUAAGAUUUAAUUCAGUCAGGCCCUGUUCUCCUUUAAAAUCAAAGUGACUUUGAAGAUUAAAGAUUUGGAAGAUUUAAUUAUGGCUUCAGAUGUCUUUAAAACCAUAUAGCCCUGGCGCCUCUAAAGUCUGUCAACGUUAAUGUGUAUAAAAGAACGUAGUGUAUGUUUAAACUGUAACACUGGCUGUGUACAGAAAAUUCUAAUACAGUGGAAGAGGAAUAUAACUUUUUAUCUUGUGAAAUUGGGUUACAUUUACUUAUGUUUAGUUUUUUCAUAUUUUUUUCUUUCUAUUUAACCUAAUAAAACUGCGCUGGUGGCACAGUUUUAAUGAUCUGACUUUCCACAUUGAUAAGUUGAGAUCACUCCAGUUUUCUGCUGCUCACUAAAUGAAAGGACCCAGAGAUUAAAUGAUUUCUGUGUUUGUAAGGGACUUUAUAUGUAUAAAAAUUGUGUCAGAAAAUGGUAUUGAAAGCAGAAAUUUGAAAAUAUGUUUCUCAACAGUCAAUUUUUCAUGCAUUUUCCUUUAUAGUCUUUGGUGUGUCUGCCAUUAAUAGGAUGUGAGUGUAUUCUGCCUUCCACAAUUUUACUGCACAGUUUUUUUAAUGUGAUUUGGUUCACAUACAUAAUUUAGAAGCUAAUUUUCCACUGUUUUUGCUGUUCAGUUUUUUUUGUAGAGAAAUAAAAUGGUGGGAAAUAACUA